GGGGUGGGGGACUUAAUACAGUACGCUAUUUAGAGCGAGAUUGAACGGUGUUUAUGCAUUCAUUUUAGAGAUAGAUAAAUUGGAGUCUACUUCGGAGCGUCAAUCCAGAUUGACAGUGUUAUCGGUUUUCUCUUUCCCUUGGAUAACGUCGGAGACCAAUCCGCUAGACAGGCUCCAGAGCAGAGGCCUCUCUAACUCCAACCACCCCAUAAGUCACCCUGAUAUGGAUGGAACCAAUGACACAGAGGGGUCCAACCAGCCAGCUGAGGUUAAACAACAGUCUCCUGCCGGGCAGCAGGCCAUGGGGGGAGAUGUUGAGGAGAGCAACAGCAGUGGGAAUAGCCAGAACCCUGGAGAGAGAAAAGCCCAAAUGCCACCGCUGAAGCCUCCCUCCAUGUGGACCUCCAUGGCGAUGAAGGAGCUCAAGUCCAAGCUGCGACUGGAGAAGGACAGUGUGGUGACAGUGAAACGAGGAAACAUUAUGACAGUGCAUGUGCCCACCGUUCCUGAGGGAAAGCAGGUGUGCUGGGAGUUUGCCACAGAUAGCAAUGACAUAGCCUUUGGAAUCUACUUUGACUGGACCCCUGUCACCAGCCAGGCCAUCACGGUCCACAUCAGUGAAUCCAGUGAUGACGAAGAGGAGGAAAAUCAGCUAGAAGGACUUAUCAACACAGGGGAUGUUGAGAAGUGUUCUAAAUCAUUGGCCAACUCCAACAUAGGGGAAAUCUUACCUGUGUAUCGUCUGGACAGUCAUAUUGCAGUGCAAGGUGGCAGUCACGAGUAUCCAGGAGAAGGCACUUACCUUCUGAAGUUUAAUAACUCCUACUCACUAUGGCGAAAUAAGACUCUGUACUACAGAGUGUAUUACAGUGCCUGAGGAACUGUAACCGUCAGCUAUUGCAUAUGACUGUAUGACUUACUAGAAUAAAAAUUUUGAUUCCAUAGAACAUGUUAUCGUUAAUUAUAAGUGCAUAGAUUUUUCAUCACAAUCAGCAGAUGUUGCUCGCUCCUAGUCUACACUUAAAAUCUAAGAGGACCAGAGAAUUAUGAAGUGGGACAUUUUGCUCAUAUGUUUUACUGUGUUUAUAGAGAAAGAUUUGACGUAGGCUUGUGUUUGUGCCAUGUUCUGUUUAAAAGUUAUGUGCAGUGAGUUAAGGCAAAUUGACCAUAUUUUAAAGAUAUAUAUUCUAUAUAUAGUUUAUGUACAGUACCAGUCAAAAGUUUGGACACACCUACUCAUUCAAGGGUUU